CUGCGACCGUCACGUGCCAUCCCCCGUUCACUCACCCCAUGCUUGAUGACAUGAUCUAGUAAACUUUGGACGUUCAGUUUUGUUCCGGUUGUUCGAUUGUUGCGAGGACGGACGUCCGGACAUUGUUUCUGAUAUAAUUUCUCAAGUCUUCGAAGAGGCCAACAAGAUGGGUGGCUGGAGAAUACCAAGAAGAGGAUCGAUGCUUGUCCACACAAUUUUGGCAUUCAUUUUAGUGAUGCCAUUUGUCUCCACUUCUCAUAUAAAGAGAUCCAGACAUCACAGAGAUUCGCUAACAUCUGAAUUGCCAGAAACAACACAUAUCACGUUAUUAGAGACGAAUCCAUGUCUCGUUCAAUACUGCAUGAAAGGACGCGAAUGCGUCCUAGAGAACGACAUGCCGAAAUGCAUUUGCCAGAAGUCUUGUCCGCCACAUAGGCGGCUCGUUUGCGGCUCGGACGGGCACAUUUAUCCAAACCACUGCGAAUUGCACAGGGCCGCAUGUCUCACGGCCACUGCCAUUACGGUCCAGAGAGGAGUCCACUGCGUCAAGGACGGCAAGGGAUGGGCGCCAAGCGCCCCAAUGCACCUCAUGCCUGGCUACGUACAACUGACCACCACACCGGCAACUACGUCCACGUCCACGUCCACCAUCUCUCACGUCGACACAGAAACAGACGUUGGAGUCAACGCUGGGAAUCCCACAGAGACGGCGGAAUUCGAGCUGGAAGACAACGGGGUCGAAACGGCGACGCACGUCCCCAAUUAUCAAGAGAACGAAAUACCUGUGGAGGAAGAUAACGAAAAGACAUCCGAAUUGUAUUACGAAAAGGACGAAUGCUCGAUGCAGGAGUACGAAAUCAUGAAGGACAAUUUGUUGCUGUACAACCAUGCGCGGCUGAUGUCUCAGGACAAUCACAGCAAGGACUACUUAGUGUCCAUUAUGUUCUCCCACUAUGACAGAAACAACAAUGGAAACUUGGAGGCCACCGAACUAAACGAAAUUGCCGUCCAGGAACGUUUGGACACAUUAAGCAACGGCUGCACGUUAUCAAAUAUGAUACAAUAUGACGACACCGACCACGAUGGAAAGCUGAGCAUUAACGAAUUCUAUGUCGCCUUCAGCAAACUUUACAGUGUAUCGGUGGUGUCUCUGGACAAAGCGCUGGAAACGAAUCGAUUGACGGCCCGGGUGGGGGACAACGUGGAGAUAAAGUGCGACGUGACCGGUUCGCCGGUGCCGCCGAUCGUCUGGAGGAGGAACCAGAUCGAUCUGUCGACGAUCAACGAGGAAGACGUCCGCGUGUUCAGCGACGGUAGCCUCUAUCUGACCAGGAUCCAGCUGCAGCACGCCGGCAACUACACGUGUCACGCACAAAGGAACAAGGAUGUCGUUCAAACGCACAUUCUGACCGUUCACACCGUGCCCGAAGUCCACGUGACGCCCAGAAUCCAGUCGAAGAGGCCGGGAGAAGACGCCACGAUGUUGUGUCACGUAGCAGGCGAACCCUUUCCAAAGGUCGAGUGGCUGAAGAACGACGAAUCGUUGCGCAGCGAUAAUCCGAGGAAGUAUCAAAUUAUCGGCAACGGAACCGCCUUGAAAAUACGGAACAUCGCAUUCGCCGACACCGGCGCCUACAUGUGUCAAGCAACAAGUAUAGGCGGACUAACAAGGGACAUCAGCUCUUUGGUCGUUCAGGAACAGCCCACUCCAAGUUCUCCUAACGAGGAGAGACGAUUCUUUGCCUUCCAUGAUUGGGGCGUGAGCAUUUAUGAGCCAACCACAUGUCGUCUCUACCACAGGAUUCAGUCCACCGAUAUUAUUCCGGGUACACAGGAAUAUGUUUGUGGUGACAAAGGUGUCCCUUGUUCGUGGGGUAGGGCGAUCAACGUCGCCAACAGAUACGUUUAUGCCAGCCAGCCGAACCGCGACCGCAUAAUUAUCAUAUCUAAGGUCCAGAUGGUUGUCGUCGACGUCGUUAGCACAGACAAAUAUCCGGUUGACCUGCAUUACGUGCCACAUCUCGAUCAGGUGUGGAUACUCAACUGGCGCUCACCGAACAAUACUGGCAUCAAAACAAUACAAGUCAUCAGAGAUGCGGGUCAGAAGCGGAAGCAUCACACCGUCCACCCGGAACCAAUCGACGGCCAAUUCGACCUUGUCAAAGGCCUAUUCAUACCCUCCGCCUUUCAGGAGCUGUCCCACUACAGCUUCAAGUACGCCUACGUGACUCACACGAACCAACGUGGAUUAUACAAACUGGACUUGGUUAAUCUGCGAUACACAAGAUCUGUUGAUUUAACACCGUAUAACUGUGUUCCAACUCAAGUGCGGUUUUCGGCUUUAUAUGGUAUGGUUAUCAUGCAAUGUCUGGAACCGGUGACUAACAGACCUACAGGACAACUAAUAUUGGAUUACUUAACCGAUAGUGUAAUUGCUACGAAACCAAAUCUACCAGGUGUUCCAUACAUCUCCCCGGACUCCAGAAAAUUAGUUACUUUAGAUCGUACAGCAAAUGGAGCUACAAUUAUUGUGCAAGAAAUAGCUGAAACUGGCCUGGUAUUUUCCUUCGACGUGAAAACAUCCCUGAACAUAUCCGAUGUAACAUUCUACCCCAGCCAAACCACCCACAGUUAUGACAUUUAUGCAAGUGCACAAGAAAAAGAAGACAUCCUCUUUUUAAAUCUGCACACAGGGAAAGUGGAAAUCAUCACCGGGGUUGGAAAAGCAAUUCCUAUGCAACUGACAAAAUGGAACAAUCCCAACAGACCUAUAAGUGGUUCAGGACUUUUCGGCCAAUACAUGGUAACACCUGCCAGUGAAGCACUGUUUGUUAUUAAUGGUAGAUCGAGAACUGUAAAUUGUGAAAUAGGAGCUGUAAUCCACCCCAGUGAAAUUGUGUGGACCACACUCAAGUUUCACUAAUAACAUUGAUAAUCACUGAUAGACACAAAUCACCCAUCGCCAAGCUAUAGAUCAAGUUUAGUUCAGUUUAAUUUAUUGAUUAUCCACACCCUGAAAUGUUGUUUCUAAUGUAAAAAGUAUGAGAAAUAGUUAGGGGUUAUUUUUAAAUGAUCUCAGAUUUAGUUAGUGCCAUAGAUUAAUUCCAAAAUUAUCUAGAGGAGAUAUAUAGAGGAAUUAUACAGAGAUAUAAGUUGGUUGACAAAUGUUCAUGUAUAUAUUACUGAUACCAUAUGUAUUUAGUAUAUAUUAGAAACAUAAGAUUGGCAGAAUUACGACAGAUUUAAAUUUGAAGGCAUUUCGCUGCCAAAUUUAAAUUGCCCUUCUGUUAUACCCUGUGUAAAGAGAUUACAUUCGUCAUAAAAGCAUUGGAUUUUAAGAAUUAAAUUUAUUUAUAUCACUAUUCAUACUUAAUGCUUUUAUUUCAAAUGAACUUUCUUACAAAUAUCAUUACCAAAUUAGACUGUAAAAAUAUAAAAAUACUACUUAUCAAUAAUUUAUUAAAAAAAUUAAUAGCAGAUAAGAGUUUGCUGUUUGUCCAAUUUACAUAGACAGUUUAAACUCCAUUUUUGGAACUGAAUAUUUUAAUAAGAAAAAAAAAUUGUUUUAGUAUAUAUAUUGUAAAUGUAGUUUUGUGAUAUAUACUAAUUUUAAAUUUUUGUAAAAAAGAAAGCAAAUACAAAACAGUACGUAUGUUGUACAUUUUGGUGAUUACAAACAGCUAUAUUUUAUUACAGGAUGAGACAUAAACUCAGUCAAGAAAAUUACAGUAGAAAAUGAGAGCAUCUUUUAUUGCAAGAUAUUUAUUUCACUAAAAUUAAAUAAAGAAAACAGUUAUUUUAUUAUUAAUGUCGUCACAUAUAAAAUAAAUUUUAUUAGUUUUCAGACAAGUUUUCUGUCUACUUUCGUUUUAAUAACAGUAUUUUAAUGAUUAUAAAGUUGAUUUAUGAUGGCUUUUAUAUAAAAUAAAUGUAACGCACAUAAAAUAAAAUCAUUUCAAAGCUGUUUCUUACAAUCUACUUCAGUGUAACGUGUCAUCUAUAUGUAAAUAUUUAAAAUAUAAUUUUUGUUCGUCAAAUAUCUGUAUUUUCUAAUAAUUCUUUUCAAACUAUGGAUAAAUAUACAUAUAACUAUUUUAAGUAGUUUCUGAAACUAUGAUGUUUUAGAACGAUAAUAUUUAAAAUAGCUUUUCCUACCCUUGAUCUUAUUAAUUUGUACAUUCCUACGUACUAAACCAUACCCUAUGCCUUUCUUUUUCUAGCUUGCUAUAAAUUACUAUAUUGACCGCCUUUAUAAGCUUUCUGGGAAUGUUGUUUACCGUCGUAUCACAAAAAGGGGCUUAUUGUAUUAUAAUACUUAUUAAUUAGGUACUAUGGUGCAUUACUGUUUAUACAAAAAAAUGGAAGAAAAUAAAUCAUUUAAUUAAUGUGUUUUA